CUCGCUCGCCGAGAUCACAGUCAAUUCUGUUGUUCCCUUGCAGAUAUACCCACUGGUACCGGGACGAGCACAUUUAAAAUGGUCAAAAAUAAAAGGAAUACUGACGCCAACUCUCUUCUAAUCCUGGUGCUAGACGUAUCACCACUAGCGUGGGGCGAACGCGACAUUCAGCGAACAGCUCAGGAUAAAUCGAGGGUCGCACUAGGGAAACGCAGUGUUGGACCCGCUGUUCUCGAGGAAGCUUUGGAAGCGACCGAGGCCUUUGCCAGUGCCUUUUGCAGCAUCGAACACGACGCCGGCUUGGUCCUUAUUGCGGUGGCCGACAAUGAGACAGCCGUUGUAUAUCCGCGAUCAAACGAUAUUUCCGAAUGGAUGCUCCAUCCGGAAACAUAUCUGCCAGACAUACGCAAAAUGAAAGAACAUUUAACAGUUGGAGUGCACGAAUUGCUGCUUCGAGCGGCUUCCAAAGCGCAGUACCUUUCGGAUGCCUCUUCCCGCCAAGCCGCCAUGGCAGCAGCGUUCUCCAAUGCCCUAUGUAUAAUCAAUCGAUUUUUAGUAGCCGCUCGAGUGGGUGGAGUCAGUGCGUUGCGGAAUGAAACACAUUUGAACCGCAACGAUGAUCAGGGAGUGAUAGCACUAAUGGAUGGCAAGGCCAAAUCGAAACCAGCGAGUAAAAAGUUGUCCGGUUGGUCGCCCCGAAUUUUCCUCAUACAGGCCUCGGAUGAUCGAUCAAGAGACUACAAUGCCUUCAUGAACUGCGCGUUUGCAGCUGUUAAACAGAGCAUAGUUGUGGAUGGGUGUUUUCUCUCGGCAAAAGGAAAUCACUCGUCGUCGGCAUUUUUGGAGCAGGCAUGUGACUUAACGGGUGGCGUCUUUUUGAGUCCAUCUGGAACAGCUCAAGUCGGAGGGGCACUAACAGAAGUUCUACACAGCGUAUUUUUGGCGGAUGUGCCUUCUCGAUGCCUUUUAAAUCUACCGGCAAUUAACAAGGUCGAUUUCCGUGCCCGAUGUUUUGAGACUGCAGAACUUGUUGACUUGGCAUACGUUUGUAAUCAAUGUUUGUCCAUUUUUCGAAAGCAACCAAAAAACUACUGCCCGACUUGCCAGGCUAAAAUCGUGGUCGACUCAAAGCGGGUUGGAACAACUGAAAUUUGA